AAUUUCAACGGGGUUACACCGACUGUGGUCGGCCCCCAGCAGGCUCUGGUUAUGGAACAAGAAGUGAAUACCCUUUUAAGGAAGGAGGCCAUCGAGGUGGUCCCUCCUCUAGACAGGGAAUCCGGGUUUUACAGCCGGUAUUUCAUAGUUCCAAAGAAGGAUGGGGGGUUGCGUCCGAUCUUAGACUUACGUCUCCUGAACCGCUCAGUUAUGUCACUGAAGUUCAAAAUGCUCACUGUCAACCAGGUUGUAGCUCAAAUCAGAUCCGAGGACUGGUUUGUCACAAUAGAUCUCAAAGACGCAUACUUCCACAUAUCCAUCCUUCCACAACACAGGAAGUUUCUGAGGUUCGCUUUCGGGGGAAAAGCUUAUCAAUAUCGAGUACUUCCCUUUGGCCUCGCACUCUCACCCCGCACGUUCACGAAAUGUAUGGAUGCGGCUCUGGUAUCCCUCCGUAUGCAGGGCAUCCGCAUUUUAAAUUAUAUAGACGAUUGGUUAGGGCUGAUGGCAGCAGCGUCCAACGUGAUACCUUUUGGCCUGCUGCACAUGAGACCCCUACAGUGGUGGCUCAAGUCCAAGGGCUUUUCCCCGAGGGGAAAUCCACUUCGAGUUAUCAAGGUCACGCGGCGGUGCCUUCGUGCCUUAGACAUGUGGAAGAAACCUUGGUUCUUGAAUCAGGGCCCGGUGCUGGGAGUUCCUUGUCGCCGUGUAACGCUAGCGACAGAUGCGUCCCUCACCGGUUGGGGUGCGGUCAUAAGUGGCCACCCUGCCCGCGGUCUGUCGAGUGGUCGCCAUCCGACAUGGCACAUCAAUUGCCUAGAGAUACUAGCAGUCUAUCGAGCAUUGAAAUAUUUCCUCCCAGACCUGAGAGGUCACCAUGUGUUGGUGCGCACCGACAACACAUCAGUGGUCUCUUAUAUCAAUCACCAGGGGGGUCUGCGUUCGCGCCCCUUGUACAAGCUGGCACACCAGAUCCUUCUGUGGUCCCAGGGCAAACUCCUCUCGAUCAGAGCAGUGUAUAUUCCUGGGAGAUUGAAUGUGGGAGCAGACAUACUGUCGAGACAGGGGCCGAGGCCCGGGGAAUGGAUGCUUCACCCCGAGGUGGUGAAGCAGAUAUGGAGAGUAUUUGGCACAGCCCAGGUGGACCUCUUUGCGACUCAGGAGACAUUGCAAUGUCCCCUCUGGUUCUCUCUAGUUCAUACAGCUCCUCUGGGACUGGACGCUAUGGUACAGACCUGGCCGAGGCUUUGUCUGUACGCUUUUCCCCCUAUCGCUCUGCUCCCGGGAGUUCUGGCGAGAGUACGCCGGGACGGGGCCCGUCUACUACUAGUAGCCCCGUUCUGGCCGGGCCGAGUAUGGUUCUCAGAUCUAGUCUCGCUCCUCGACGGCUCUCCGUGGGAGAUACCGAUCAGGACAGACCUACUCUCACAGGCGCAGGGCACGAUAAUUCACCCUCGC